AUGCUGGACUCAGGGAAAGCUGGAAGUAAGGUGGACAGUUAUGCCUAUGAGCCUGGGAAAGAACUUGGCAUUGUAGGAAGAACAGGGUCUGGAAAAAGUUCCCUCAUUGCUGCCCUCUUUAGAUUGUCAGAACCUGAAGGUGAUGUUAAAAUUGAUGGAAUCAGGACAACCAGUAUUGGACUUCAUGAUUUAAGGAAGAAAAUGUCAGUUGUAUCUCAGGAACCUGUUUUAUUCACUGGAACAGUGAGGAAAAAUCUGGAUCCGUUUAAUGAGUAUUCAGAGGAGGAACUGUGGAAUGCCUUAGAAGAGGUACAACUCAAAGAAGCCAUCAAAGAUCUUCCUAGUGAAAUGUAUACCCAAUUGGCAGAAUCAGGAUUGAACUUGAGUGUUGGACAGAGACAACUAGUGUGCCUUGCCAGGGCUAUUCUCAGGAAAAAUCAGAUAUUAAUUCUUGAUAAAGCCACAUCCAGUGUGGAUCCAAGAACUGAUGAAUUAAUACAAGAAAAAAUCCAUGAGAAAUUUGCCCAGUGCACUGUGCUAACCAUCACACAUAGGUUGAGUACCGUUAUUGACUGUGAAUGGAUAUUGCACCUGCUUCACAGAUGUGAAUGUCUGUAUCCCCUGAACCAAUCAGCUUUGUUGCUGUUAUCAAAGUUUUGGAUUCAGGGAGACAGAAAGAAUAUGCCCAGCCAUAUGAUUUGCUGCAAACUACAGAUAGCCUGUUUUACAAGAUGGUGCAGAAACUGGGCUAGGCAGAGGCCUCUGCCCUCACUGAAAGGGCAAAACAGGUGCACUCUGAAAGCGAAUAACCAGGUAUCACUCACAGUGACCAUGUGAUUAUGAAUAUUAUGAAUGUCCAAUGGAUAACCCUCAGCUUCACAACUUUUAAGUCAACUCUGUGAUUCUACCAUGAGUUCAUGUCUAUUCCAAAGGCAUUGUUCCAAUCAGUUUCUGCACUGUGUAAAUUAUGUUGUUCUUUUUUCACACCAGCAACAGAUAUUUACAUAUUACAAGAUAUUAAUCUAUAAUUUUUAUCCAACUUCACUCUGUGAUUUCAAGCUCUUGCAAAAGGAUUUAUUGUGUUUAUGUGUUAUAGUAUUUUCUUUUUUAUCCAAAUCAGAGGUACAGGCCACCAAUAAAAGCUGUCUCCCAGGUUUUGUGUCUUGAGAGACUCUGGAGUCAAACUCAUUUUCUAAGAUUUGAAACAAAGUUCUUAUAAUUUUUUUUCUUUUUUUUACUGUUCCCAGAAUUACAUAUUACUUUCUAAUUAGGGAUUCCUGAAGACUGUGUGAAGUUGCCAUUUUGUGUCACCACUUCCUUUAACAGAACUACGAUCCAUUUUCUACUCAAAGACCUCUGGUUAAAAUACUAUAGAGAAAAGUAAUAGGAAAAACAUACAGUACAUGUAGUUUAAGUGACAUUAUAGGAGAGAGGGAGAGGUGUCACCCUCCAAAAAAAAUAUGGUUAAAAUACAGAAGGGCAAUAUUGCACAUUCAUCUCCUGUGUCCCCUGCAUUGCCGGCAGAUUCUUGACCGCUUAGCCAUGGGGGAAGCCCUCUAAAAGAGAAGGAAGAGAAAAUAUGCUUUAUCAAAGUAGGAACCCCUCUAGGGGAUUUACUAAUGAAGGACAGACAUGUUCUAGGCUGUCUUCUAGAUAGAGGAUUUUAUUUUUUUUACAUUAAAAAAGUUGUGGUAAAAUAUAUAUAACAUAAAAUUUGCCAUAUAGCCGUUUUUAAUCACACAAUUCGGUGGCAUUAAUCAUAUUCACAGUGUUGUGGAGCCAUCAUUGUCUGGGUAACUUUUGGUAAUUAUGUGCUUUCUAUUCAGUGUUUUAUUUCUGCAGAGUCAUUUUGGUAAGUUUCAUUUUUCUAGAAGUGGAUUUGUUUCCUAUGAGUUUUGAGCUUAAUUGGCAUAAAUUUAUUUGCAGUAUCUUAUAUGUUUAAUUUCUGCAGCAUCUCUGUGUUCUUUUGGCCUUUUAAUUUUCUUUGAGGCUUCUCUUUUUUUAUGAAUAAUCCUGUAUAACUUUUUCCUAUUUUCAAAGAAUCAGCUUUUUGCUUGAUUGAUGCUCUGUUUUUCUGUAUAGUUCAUCAUAUCAUUCAUUCUUUCUUUCAACUUUUCCUUUCUUUUGAGAUUUUUUCCUCAAAUUCUUAAAUUGGAAACAGAUUAAUAACAUCAUUAUUUUUCUAACAUAAGUAUAUAAAGCUGACAUUUUUUCUGAGAUCCACUUUAGCUACAACCUACAAGUUUUGAUACUUACCACCAAUCAUUAGCCAAAAUAUUAUGUAUUUUCUAAUUCCUAAUUUAAUUUAUAACUAUAUCUUUUAUCCAUGAGUUAGUCAUAAGCAUAAUGUUUUCUACAUUUCAAAUGCUAAUAGCUUUUUUUUCUGUUAGAUUGAACAUGUGAAACUGCUAACAUUCAGCCUUUUAUAUAAAAUGGCACUUUCAUAUGUUUAAACAUAAUAGUUUUCUUUUAUUAAUGUAUAACUUAAUUUCAUUUUGGUCAGACAACAUUAAGUUGUGGAUUUUAAACCAAAGGUAAUGAUAUUCACACAGAAACUCCUUGUUUCCACCAUUUUGUAUUUUAUUUGGGGGGUUUAAAAUGUUUUAAAGUACAUGUAUGACCAGUAAUUUUCAAAUAAAAGUCCUCCCUGAGUACUG